GCCGCGGAGGAACUGAAACCCAGAGCGGCCGAGCUUGGGCCUCGGCUGGAGCCUCCCGUCUUGGCGGCUCGGAACCCGUGCCCAGGACGGGCCGCCCUCGGAGCGCAGCGAGCCCUGCCUGGCGCCGACCCGCACCUCCCUACCGGUGCCCGAUCACCUACCGCGAUGACUGGCUUCCCAACCACGCCUCCUCCAGCAGAAGAACUGAUGGCUACCACAAUUCUACAGGCCACUGAGGCCCUGUCUCCGGAAGCUGAAGCCAGCACAGCUCUCAUUGCAGUUGUUAUCACCGUGGUCUUCCUCACCCUGCUCUCAGUCGUGAUCUUGAUCUUCUUUUACCUGUACAAGAACAAAGGCAGCUACGUCACCUACGAACCCGCAGAUGGCGAGCCCGGUGCCGUUGUCCUGAUGGAGAAUGAUUCAGCCAAGGGCAGGGAAAAGGAAGAAUAUUUCAUCUAAUGGUUCCCAGGCCCCAAGGAGCUUAUCCAGGUUCCAGUGCUAUCACACUAUUUAUUAGGUGAAAGUUUUACCUGAAACUGGUGAGAACCAUUGAUUGAUAUGGGUAGACCUGAGCUCCUUCCAGGACACAGACCUAAAUGCCAGCAUCACCAACACCAUGGACCGAGGACAUGAAGAAAGCUGCUCACGUCUCUUAACCAGGCCUCUGUCACACAGCUUCUGACUGAUGAGUGAGAUGGAGCUGGACUGGGCAACACUGGAGUAUAUACCCAGUCAUCUUCACUUUUUUCACAGGUUGAAGGGAAGAAGAGUUGGGGGUCACUGGAUGCUCCUCUGUCCCUUACCUGGUCACCUAGUGACAACCCAAGUGGAAGUAGUAUCCUUAGUUCUUCCCAGAGGCGGGAGACCACAAGGAAAGGCCGGCCAGGAAACUGUGGAGACCUCCCUUCUGAUGAACAUGCCACAUCCCUUAAUCUGAGCCCUUCCUUUCCUUAGCCCCCAACAAUCCAGACAUAUGCUAUUUUUAUCGGAAUUAAAAUCAUUUAUUGAUACAGAAAUCCGAUUCUCAUGUGCAGAAAACCACCAUCUUUACACUGUGACUUAUCUUUGCUGAGACUUUUUUGACAGGUUGCUGCUGUUGUUCAGUCUCUCAGGCCUGUCCGACUCUUUCUGACCCCAUGAACUGCAGCAUGCCAGGCUUCCCUGUCCUCUAUCGCCCAGAAUUUGCGCAAGUUCAUGUCCAUUUUUUGCUUACUCAACUCUUACCUGUGUUCUCUCUCAAGCAAAGGGGGCCCCAGGGAAGUUUCAGAAGUUCCCAGAACAAUCUCAGAGGUUUGCAACAGAGGUGGUCCUGGGAAGUUUGUCCUAGAAGAGGGUCAUUAGAAACAGACCCUGGGAGAUGAGUUGUUUAGCCUCCAUCCUGGCAAGGGCCAGUAUGUCCCUGAUCCAUUCUGUGUACACACAGAGGGAACCAGGAACAACGUGUGACUUUUCCCACCAUUGCCCUUUCUAUCUCAUUUCAUCCAUCUCAA